UUAUGAGGUAAUACUAAUGAAAAACUUGAUAAACUAUUUUUCCUUUGCUAGAAGACCCGUCCCUUCGAGUGAUCCAAGUUGCGGCCCGACGUCUUUAAGACGCCACUUUCCAACCACAUCCUCGACUGAAGCGCAUCCUACCAGAGGGAGCGAGCGAGAGAGAGGAGAGACGAUGAUGAAGGGGAGGGUGGUACUCUUUCCGACACCAGGAGCAGGGCACCUAGUCUCCAUGAUCGAGCUGGCAAAGCAGAUUCUGCAUCACACCCACAACUUAUCCAUCACCAUUCUCGUCGUCCAACCUCCCUCCUCCGCUCCUUUUGCCCCUUCCUCCGUCAUCUCCCAACACCAAGAUGCGGUGGCAGCCUCCGGCCUCGACAUCAAUUUCAUGGAGCUUCCCCAAGUUGCUCCUCCUGAAGUCGAAGGCCGGACGAGCUACCUAGCCUACAUGGACAACCAUAAGCCCGUUGUCUCCGAGGCACUCGCGGCGCUCCAGCAAACCACCAUCAUCCCUGCCUUUAUCGCCGACAUGUUCUGCAUCUCGUCGACGACUGCUUCUGUGGAGCUCGGCAUCCCCACCUUCGUCUUCUUCACAUCCGGAGCUACCACGCUUUGCCUCUUCCUUUACUUGCCGGAGAUGGAUCGAAGGUAUGAACAGGACUUCAAAGACGUGACCGAGGCAUUCGAGUUUCCCGGCUCGGUACAGCCGCUGCCUCUAUCUGCCAUGCCGAGUGUUUUGCAGACGAAGAAGGAAGAACCCUAUCAGUGGUUCAUGCGAAACGCCCAUCUGUAUUGUGGAUUGGAUGGAAUACUGGUGAACACCUUCAACGAGUUGCAGCCACGAGCUAUCGAGGCCUUCGCCGAUGGACUCUGCUGCCCUGGAGCCCGAGCCCCGCCCGUGUAUCCGGUCGGUCCAUUGCUGAGUUUGGGCGCCGAGUCCGACUCGAACGACCACGAUUGCAUCAAGUGGCUCGACCAGCAGCCCCACUCAUCCAUCCUGUUCUUGUGCUUCGGCAGCAUGGGCGCCUUCCCAACCGAGCAGAUUCACGAGAUCUCUCGCGGGUUGGAACUCAGCGGCCAGCGAUUCCUGUGGUCGAUCCGGGUUCGGCCGAGCGAGCCGGGGCCUGGCUUUGUGGGUCUCUGUGAUGCAGAUUUGGACGAGGUGCUGCCGGAUGGGUUCGUGGAGAGGACGAGAGAGCGCGGUCUGGUUUGGCCAAAGUGGGUGCCGCAGGUCGCCAUUCUCUCGCACCCAGCGGUCGGUGGAUUCGUGUCCCACUGUGGAUGGAACUCGACCCUCGAGAGCAUGUGGUUCGGCGUGCCCAUGAUCGCUUGGCCUCUGUACGCAGAACAGGGGAUGAACGCGUUUGAGUUGGUGGACGUCUUGGGAGUGGGAUUAGCGCUGAACAGAGAAGACGGCGAUGGCAGUAAUGGGAUGGUGAGAGCAGAGGAACUGGAGAGGGCGGCGAGGAGCUUGAUAGAAGGUGAAGAAGGUAGAAAGGUCAGGGAGAAGAUGAAGGAGAUGCAAGAGUUGGGGAGGAAAGCUGUAGAGGAAGGAGGGUCGUCCUACCUCAAUUUGGCGACGUUGGUCGAAAUCUGGUCUACCGGCGGCAUUCGGUAACUGCAGUUCCGGUAAUCUUUCGGACAGUAUUUUUGGGAGAGAUAUACGCGAUCUCUUCACAACCUCUUAAACGUAAUCGAUCCAGACCAUUUUUCGAAAUUGUGUUUUUAUUUUUCGAAAUUGUGUUUCGAAUUCUGGUCUACCGGCGGCAUUCGGUAACUCGCACUUUCGUUUUCGUUUCAGUAUGGUUCAUUGUGCUUAGUUUGUUGUUUU